UAGACUUUUGGAUUAUCUAGAACCUUGCGUACUUCUGACAUCCUGAAUGUUAAGACCAAAACUGGCAGUUCGGGUUUAUGCUACUUCAUCUAUUACUAAAGUUAUAGAACAGCAGAUUAAAAAGGCGCCAGUGGUUGUUUACAUGAAAGGUACUCCAGAAGAUCCAGCUUGUGGAUUUUCUAAAGCAGUCGUAGAAGUUUUAAGAAGAGAGAAUGUAGUCAAAUACGAUUACUACAAUGUUCUUGAAGACGAUGAGCUAAGACAAGGAAUAAAAAAAUACUCAAAUUGGCCAACCAUUCCUCAGGUAUAUGUUGGAGGUGAGUUUCUUGGAGGCUGCGAUAUUAUUUUAGAAAUGCACCAAGAAGGCACAUUGGCUGAAAUAUUAAAGAAAACAAAUACCGCAACAUCUGGUUCAGAGAAGUAGUGACUUAGUGCCAGUGUUGAUUAUGAAGUGUAGAAUGAAGGUAAAUAACAAUCAAUUUGCCUAGCAAAACAAAUUUUGUAUAACGCCUUGCUAAGAUGUCUUGAAAUU